UUAACGGAACUUUUUUACGAGUGAAAAGCGAAGCAAGGGAGAUAGAGAUGUAACUACAGAGAUAGAGAGAGAGAGCUCAUAGUUGGGCGGCAAGUGCAAUGUUUUUCUCAGUGCGUUCUCUUUCUUAAUCCUGCAGUCUAUCCUCAACUGUUAACUCUCUCUUUCUCUGAACUUUUUCUUCAAUCUCUUGCUUUUGCUUCUAUCGUCCAUUUGUUUUUUUUUUCUUUCUGCUUUCCACCGCCAUUGACUCUCUCUCUCUCCCUCCUUGCAUUGAUUUGUCUUGGUUCCAUUGCGGUAAGCAAAACACCCCGAGAGGAUCUCUCUCUCUCUCUCUCCACCCCCCUCUAUCCAUUUGGAUUUGGUGGCAAAAGAAGAGUUGUGAAGUGGGCGUGAGCCAUGGAAGCUCCAAAACCAGAAGAGAUAAGCCAUCAUCCACCAACGGACCAACUUCAAGGCCUUGAGUACUGUAUUGACUCGAACCCGUCAUGGGGGGAGGCAAUAGCUCUGGGUUUCCAGCAUUACAUUUUGGCCUUAGGAACUGCAGUUAUGAUCCCAACAUUCCUUGUCCGUUUAAUGGGCGGCACAGAUAAUGAUAAAGUGAGGGUGGUACAGACUCUGCUUUUCGUUGAAGGAAUCAAUACAUUACUACAAACAUUAUUUGGGACCCGGUUGCCAACAGUGAUCGGAGGAUCUUAUGCAUUCAUGGUCCCUAUUAUAUCCAUAAUUCAUGAUAAGUCCCUGAUGAGCAUCGAAGACCCUCAUCUGAGAUUUCUCAACACCAUGAGAGCAGUCCAAGGUGCUCUGAUAGUAGCAUCAAGCGUACAAAUUAUUUUGGGAUUUAGUCAAAUGUGGGCCAUCUGUUCCAGGUUCUUCAGCCCUCUUGGAAUGGCCCCAGUGAUUGCGCUGGUGGGUUUUGGUCUGUUUGAUAGAGGUUUCCCUGUGGUUGGACGGUGUGUGGAAAUUGGUGUUCCCAUGCUUAUUCUGUUUAUAGCCUUCUCCCAGUACCUAAAAAAUUUUCAGGCAAGACAACUUCCAAUACUAGAGAGGUUUGCUCUCUUGAUAUCAAUCACUGUGAUAUGGGCAUAUGCGCACCUCUUGACAGCCAGUGGCGCAUACAGACAUCGACCAGAUUUAACCCAACUUAACUGUCGAACUGACAGGGCCAAUCUCAUUUCUUCUGCUCCAUGGAUAAAGAUCCCAUACCCUCUUCAAUGGGGUGCUCCAACCUUUGACGCGGGUCAUGCUUUUGGAAUGAUGGCUGCCGCUCUAGUUUCAUUGAUUGAGUCAACUGGUGCUUACAAGGCUGCAUCACGUCUAGCAAGCGCUACACCACCUCCAGCUUAUGUUCUUAGCCGUGGUAUUGGCUGGCAAGGAAUUGGGAUCCUGCUGAGUGGACUCUUUGGAACAUUGACUGGCUCAACAGUCUCCGUAGAAAAUGUAGGGCUUCUGGGAAGCACUCGUGUUGGAAGCCGCAGGGUUAUCCAAAUCUCUGCUGGUUUUAUGAUAUUCUUCUCUAUGCUAGGAAAAUUUGGAGCUUUGUUUGCAUCAAUACCCUUCACUAUAUUUGCUGCUGUGUAUUGUGUUUUGUUUGGUCUUGUUGCUUCGGUGGGGCUGUCAUUUCUGCAAUUCACGAACAUGAACUCGAUGAGGAACCUCUUUAUCACAGGUGUAGCCUUCUUCCUAGGUUUGUCUGUUCCCGAGUAUUUUAGGGAAUACACUGCCAAAGCUCUUCAUGGUCCUGCACAUACCAGUGCUGGAUGGUUCAACGAUUUCCUUAAUACAAUCUUCUUUUCAUCCCCGACUGUUGCAAUGAUUGUUGCAAUUUUCUUGGACAACACACUCGACUACAAGGAUAGUGCCAGAGACAGGGGAAUGCCAUGGUGGGUUAAAUUUCGGACAUUUAAGGGAGACAGCCGUAAUGAGGAGUUCUACACCCUCCCUUUUAAUCUCAACCGUUUCUUCCCUCCAUCUUGAACAAGUGGUGGUGCCCAUUAAGAAGAAAGAUGUCAGAGGAAAAGCAUCAUUUCCUGAUGAGGAUUACAUGAUGAUCACAAUUUCCGUGAAAGAAGCGUGCAACAAAGAUCCAUAUGUUCUCUGAAUGGCAAAGGAAUGCCACCUUUGCUUGCUCUUCCUUUUUUCAUUGCUUUAUAAUAUAUUUGACUCGGAUUA